AUGCCCAAGAGAAAGACUGAAGGGGAUACUAAAUGAGAUAAAGCAAAGGUGAAAGAUGAACCACAGAGAACAUCUGCAAGAUUGUCUGCUAACCCUGCUCCUCCAAAGCCAGAGCCCAAGCCUAAAAAGGCCCCUGCGAAAAAGGGAGAGAAGGUACCCAAAGAGAAAAAGGGAAAAGCUGAUGCUGGCAAGGAUGGGAAUAACCCCGCAGAAAGUGGAGAUGCCAAAACAGACCAGGCACAGAAAGCUGAAGGUGCUGGAGGUGCCAAGUGAAGUGUGUGCAUUUUUGAUAACUGUGUACUUCUGGUAACUAUACAGU